AUGUUGGCCGCUUUCCUUUUCCUCAUCUAUGGCCUCAUAGCUGCCACUCCUUUUGCUUAUGCUCUGGGCACGAAAUGUUCUGCUGCAGUCACCUCCGGCACCGCUGCCGCAAGUGACCCGUUCUGGAUGCAGGAUAUCAAACAUCAAGGCACCUCAGCUUUCAACUCUGACCCGGCUUCGUACACCGUUUUCCGUAGCGUCAAAGACUAUGGUGCUGUAGGUGACGGUGUAGCAGACGACACAGACGCAAUAAAGUGUGUUUUUGCUCUUGAGUAUAACAUACGUGGAUCGUCUCAAUGUAUUUUACCCCGGCGGUCGUUUAUUUCCCUCAAGGGCAACACAUACAAAGUGUCAUCGCCUAUUAUUGCAUACUACUAUACCCAGCUCAUUGGCGACGCUCGGGUGCCGCCGACUCUUCUCGCGUCCUCGAACUUCAGCGGCAUGGCUGUUAUCGAUGCUGACCCCUACAUCCCCAACGGCUGGGGCGCACAAUGGUACAACGACACCAACAACUUCUUCCGCAGCGUCCGAAACUUCGUCAUUGACCUUACGGAUACUACGGCGACCGACGAUAGCACUGGCAUUCACUGGCAAGUCUCGCAAGCAACCUCGCUAUACAACAUCCAGUUCGAGAUGAGCACGGCCUCCGACACCGCGCACCAAGGUAUAUGGAUGGAGAAUGGUAGCGGUGGGUUCAUGGGAGAUUUGGUCUUCAAUGGAGGCAAGUAUGGAAUGUGGGUCGGCAAUCAACAGUUCACUGUUCGCAACGUUACCAUCAACAAUGCCAAGACUGCCAUUUUCGUGGAUUGGAACUGGGGCUGGACGUUCCAGGGUGUCACCAUCAAUGACUGUAGUAUCGGCUUCGAUUUGCAGACGGGCGGACUCACGGAGGAUGAUCAGACUGUCGGCGGUGUUGCGAUCAUCGAUGCCAUAGUCAGCCACACGCCGGUCUUCCUCAGUGCUUCCAACUCCAGCAACUCUCUCUCCGGCUCCGUGGUACUCAGCAACAUCCAGCUGACCAAUGUAUCCACCGCCGUCGGCGUCGUCAACGGCGAUGUUAUUCUCGAAGGCGGUUCGACCACGAUUGACAGCUGGGGACAGGGCAACAUCUACUCCGGCACGACUUCCUCCUUCACGUUCACCAAGGGUGACAUCGUCGCGCCGACGAAGGCCAGCAGCCUCCUGGACAAUGGCCAGAUAUUUAGCAAAGGAAUUCCUCAGUAUGCCGAUUACUCCGUGGACCAGUUCGUCAGCGUCAAGACCCUUGGUGCCACGGGCGAUGGCUCAACAGAUGACACAGCCGCGCUUCAGUCGAUCUUCGAUCAGUAUUCAGGCUGUUACAUCAUCUACUUCGAUGCAGGCACUUACAUCGUCACAAGUACCCUCACGAUCCCUGCCGGAACGCAGAUGGUGGGCGAAGCGUGGGCAACCAUCAUGGGCAGCGGAGACGCCUUCGAGGACCAGAAUACCCCGACGGUCAUGGUCAAGGUCGGCGAUGCUGGCUCCACUGGUACGUUGGAGAUCAGCAACAUGAUUUUUUCUACCAGAGGUCCUGCUGCUGGUGCUAUUGUCGUUGAGUGGAAUGUUGCUUCUGACACGCAGGGUGGUGCUGGGAUGUGGGAUACUUACAUCCGUCUCGGAGGAGCUGCUGGUACUGACUUGGAGGCUUCCGAGUGCCCGUCUGGCUCCGACUCCGAUUCAUGCUUCGCCGCUUUCCUCGGAUUGCACCUGACCUCCGGAUCGAACGCAUACCUUGAGGGCACUUGGGUCUGGCUUGCUGAUCACGAUCUGGAUGCCACUGCUCAAUCUCAGCUCACUCUCUUCAGUGGCCGUGGCAUUCUGUCCGAGUCCUCAGGGCCGGUAUGGAUGAUUGGGACAGCAGCUGAACACCAUGUGCUCUACCAGUACAACCUGGCUGGUGCAUCGAACCACUACAUGGGACUCAUUCAGACAGAGACACCUUACUUCCAGCCGUCUCCCUCUUCCCCGUCUCCCUAUACCUCCAACAGCAGCCUCAGCGAUCCUGACUUCUCGUCAGGUCAAACUGCUGCUUGGGCGCUGUACGUACAGAACUCAACGGACAUUCUUGUCUUCGGUGCUGGACACUAUAGCUUCUUCCAGGACUACUCGGAGGAUUGCCUCGACUCUUCGGACUGCCAAAGCCAGAUCAUCAACGUCGACUCAAAUUCGUCACUAUAUCUCUACAGUCUAGCGACCGUCGGAGCGACGUACCAGCUGAGCGUGGACGGAGCCGGCAUCAUCGCGGAGAGUGACAACGUCAAUGGCCUUCAAUCGACAGUCACUGCGUGGACACAGUGA